ACCCUGCUUAAGGGAUCACAGCCAGCUGUCCGCAGCCUCUCUUGCUGUGGUACGGUUUUACCUCUCUUAGGUUGGAGGGAUUUGGAAGAUAAUUAUGCUUCACUAAGUGGACAACCAGAUGCAUCUUGGAAGCCCAGAAACAAGCUUCAGAAAUGCCCCUCUCCUGCUACCUCAUGCAAGGACAGAGAUCCUACACCAAACAUUCCUCAGUAUUUCUUGGAGCCUAUAUAACUAUCAUCGUAGAGAUGGUAAGUACAGCCCGACCCACCUGGAACAUUUGGCAAGGAAGGCUUUAAAGCUAUCGCCGGAAGUUCGGGAUGUAAUUUUUUUUCCCACUGGGAGGGGGGGGGGAGGAAGUACGCGGACGAGGUUACGCAAGCGUAGACCGGUACGUGCAGCGUGCGCCCACGCGCAUGCGUCGUUGUCGACGGCGACGGCGGCCAUCAUGGCGGUGUGUGGCGCGGCAGCUGCGGCGGCGGCGGCGGCGGCUGCAGGAGGAGAAGGCGGAAAGCGCUGGUACUUUAGCCGGGAACAACUAGCAUUGAGCCCUUCCCGCCGUGCGGGGGUCGACUCGGACAAGGAGUUGUCGAACCGGCAGCAGGCAGCUAAUCUGCUUCAGGAUAUGGGCCAACGCCUGAAUGUUUCCCAACUGACUAUCAACACUGCUAUUGUCUACAUGCAUAGGUUCUACAUGGUUCAGUCUUUUACUCAGUUUCAUCGGAAUUCUGUAGCACCAGCUGCCAUUUUCCUGGCAGCCAAAGUGGAGGAACAACCUCGAAAACUGGAGUAUGUCAUCAAGGUCGUUCAUGCCUGUCUCCAUCCUCAAGAGGCUCCUCCAGAUACCCGGAGUGAGGCUUACCUGCAACAAGCCCAAGACCUGGUCAUUCUAGAGAGCAUAAUACUGCAGACCCUGGGAUUUGAGAUUACCAUAGAUCACCCUCACACUCAUGUGGUGAAAUGUACACAGCUAGUGCGAGCCAGCAAGGAUUUGGCACAGACAUCUUACUUCAUGGCUACCAACAGCCUUCACCUAACCACCUUCAGCCUGCAGUACACCCCUCCCGUUGUGGCCUGCGUCUGCAUCCACUUGGCCUGUAAGUGGUCCAACUGGGAGAUCCCAGUCUCCACGGACGGGAAGCACUGGUGGGAGUACGUUGAUGGCACUGUAACUCUGGAACUCUUGGAUGAGCUUACUCAUGAAUUCCUGCAGAUCCUUGAGAAAACUCCUCAUCGGCUGAAACGAAUCAGGAAUUGGCGGGCCUCCCAGGCAGCCAGGAAAUCAAAGACUGAUGAACAAAGUGAUGAUGAUUGCCUCUCAGAACAGACAAUUCUCAACAUGAUCUCCAGAAGCUCCUCUGACAUGACCAUUGCAGGUCUGAUGAGCAUGUCUACGUCCUCAACUGCAGGAGCCAUUUCUUCACUUCCAGCUACAGCAGGGGACUCUCCAGGGGACUUAGGCAGCACAGAUGUGAUGUCAGAUAAUUGGAUGGCUCAGCACCCCUCACAUAAAUUGGAGGUCAGUCACAAGGCUAACGAAAUGUCUGCCAGCACUGAUCAUCUGCAUCAUGAAAACAGUAGUGGCUCUUUCUCUAAGCAGAGUAUUAAAAGUGUACCAUUAGCAAAAGUAUCAUUAAAGGAGUAUCGUGCCAAACAUGCUGAGGAACUGGCUGCACAGAAACGCCAGCUGGAGAACAUGGAGGCUAAUGUGCGUUCUCAAUAUGCCUAUGCUGCUCAGAACCUGCUUGUGCAGCAGCAGCGGGAACGGGAUGUGCAGCAGCAAGAGAAUAACCCAUCACCCAUCAUCCUGAAAAUCCCCUUGGGCAGUAGCUCUGAUGGUUCGGAACGGCCCCCCACUGAAAAGGCUGAUAAAUCCUCAUCUGCCCUAAAAGUUCGUCUGCCUGCAACAGGGGACAAACCUGUUGUUUCUUCCUCCAAACCAGAGGAAAUAAAAAUGCGCAUCAAGAUGCCAACUGCCUUGGAGCGGCAGGGCUCAUCUGAUGAAAGCAGUGGCAAGAGCCGGGCAGAACACAAGGAAAAACAUAAGGUCCAUUCUUCUAACCAUCACCACCACAACCACCAUUCUCACAAACAGUUGCAUAUACAGCCUGUUGCCAGCAUCAAGCGACCAGUGGACUCCAAACAUGGUAACCAAGGUGGCAUCACAUCCCAUAAAGGUUUUGUCCCAACAUGUUCCUCCCGUAAGAGACCACUUUCUGAGGAAGCCUCUGCUGUAGCAUAUGAACACCCUUCAAAAAUCAGUAAGAAUUCCAAAGGGCCCACUAUGCCAUUUCCCUUUCCCCAGCACCCUGGACAAACCUUGGAUGCAGCUGGUGUACCUUUUGUUCAGGGCAAUAAAACCAGAGGGGCUCAUGGAAAACUGGACAAGAGCACAACAGGGGCCAAUGGGCAUAACAUGAACCAGGCUAUUGACUACCAGGAUACAGUGAACAUGUUGCACUCCCUGCUCAGUGCACAGGGCAUGCAACCCACCCAGCCACCCACCUUUGACUUUGUACACUCAUAUGGCGAGUACUUGAACCCCAGGGCUGCUGCAAGUGUAGAUAAGCCACGACCACCCCCUCUACCCUCAGAACCUCCCCCUCCCCUGCCACCUCUCCCCAAGUGAUCACUCUUUUUAACUACUGAGGUUGGGCUGUCCUCUGCUGAGGGCAAGUUGCUCAUCGUGAUCUCCACUGCCUUGUGUGAAUGCCCAAUCCUGUUUUUAAAACAUUUUUAUUAUUGGUAUGAGAAUGUGGAGCCCUUGAAGCUGUGAAAAGAUAUACCCAUCUUUCUCCAUGUGCUUCCCCUACUCCCCCUCCAGUCAUCCUGGAAAGAGAUGGGAAUUUGUUUCUUAUCAGACUGAUCCUCGGUUGACGGGGGAGUUGACGGUUGUGAAUCAACAGGAGAUGGCACAGGGCUAUUUAAAUUGUUGCAGUCUUUCUCCUAAAAGACAUUCUAAAAUAAUUUAAAAUAAGUUAUAUAUGUUCUUAGUGUUGAUUUAUUUUUCUAAGGUAGACAAAGGAAAGGAUUACAGCAGAAAUUGAAAUAGAGAUGGGUCAUGGCCUCUGUCUGCUUGCUCUUUAAGUGCUUCUUGUCCUGGUGAAAGUUGCUUCCCUCUGACUGGAGGCAGUGAAGGUUUGAAAGGAGGAAAAGGCAUGAAAGGUCUCUGAGAAAGUUAUGAACAUUAACCAUAAGCAUAAUGGUUAGGUAGGUGGUGGAAUUUUUCCAGUUUCUCCCUACUGUGGCUUUUGGUUGCUCAUCAGUGAGUAAGUGGAGAUGGAUGCUGACUCAUAUUUCCAAAAAACAUUGGAAAUAGCAACGAGUGUGUUUUAGUUGCUGGCUUUGUCCAGCCCUUCCUGCUGAGCGGGGAGGAUCUAGGAACAUAGCUUCCUUAACCUCUCACUUCCCUCGACAACAUGGCUUCCAUUGGGAUGCCCUUCUGAGUGUGCCACCUAAUUUAGGCAUUAAAAAUCUGGUGGGACAGUGUUAUAAAGGUGGUCAGGACUAUGUGUUGUUGCAGAAACUCUUUGAGAGUGCCUUCAAAAAGGAGGGUCGCUGCAGCAACUUAUCUGGGAAAGGUGGGGAUUAGUUUUGGGGGAGGAGUUGGAAGGGAGGCAGAAAGCCAAUGUGAAUGUUAGAACAGUAAUCGUGAUACUGGGAUGCUUUAAAUUGUACUUAAAUUGCAUUAUGGGAUAUGAGAUUUUCAUAUUUGCUAGAUGCAGGAAAAGCUUUUCAAAAUAUUUGUAAAGACAGCAAUGAGUGGAAUCAGGCAAAUUUGGAUUAGAGAACAGAGAUGAAAAGUACUGGUAAAAUCUAGAUGAAUUUAUGGGAACUUGCUUUAAUGAUGUCUGCCAACAAUACAAACCUGUGGCCAGAUUUAGUGUGCCCUGAAUUGGUUUAAGUUCAAUGAAAGAGUAUAGGAAUUGACUCCUGUGAAAGUUGACUCUAGAAAAGUGUUCCAGCCUAAGGUUGUCUAGCUGAAGGCAUCACACUCUGGCCUGAUUCUCCAGUACUAUGUUAAAGUUAAAUGGGACUAUUCUUUUUAAAUGUGGCCAUAUAUUUAGUGUUUCCUUAGAUAACACCUGAAUGCUUGUUCAUUUGACAAGAUUCAGCCAUGGUUUGUAGCAUCACAGCAGUUGUAUCAAACACUUGGAGUUGGUACUCAAAUCCCAGCUUUGCUGUCCUAUGCGCAUACAUUCCCUAGUUCAGCAAAGUGUUUUGAGGUAUUCACAUUGCUUUGAAGAAACUUCCAAACUGAAGUUUGAGGGAUUGUGUGAUGUAAAACAUUGUGGUUUUCUUCUCAGCUGUAAUGGAAUACUUUGACUAAUACAUAUCAAUAGAGGUCUACUCCAGUGUGGUAAUAAUAACUAAAAGCUGUAAACAAACAAGGCUAGCAAUGGCCUGGGCCUGCAGUCUCAUAUAGGAGAAGUUUGAUUGCUGCUGGUUGGAAAGAGCGCAUCAUGUUAAAAAAAACAAAAGACACUCAUCUGUGGGUAUCUGUUUGGUUUUUAUUGAAGUGUUUUAUUUGAAUUUGGAAGAAUAACUAUUUUUCCACCACCUCUUGAUUUCUGAAGCAAUGGUGUCUUAGCUAUUGAUGGUCACAGACUUUGGCCCUGGUUUCACAUAAUCUUUCAGAAGCUGUUUCUAAUUCCCAGCUCAUAUUAUUACUAUUCUAAGUUUCAAUAAAUGUACUGUCUCCA